ACAAGGGUAGAUGUAUCCUGUUGGCCGUCUUUCUCCACAGGAGGUGUGUGUUCCAGGGUUGCCCUGGUGAUUAUCACUGUUUUAUGAAUAGGGGAUAUUAAAGCACACCAAUAGGCUAGAGCACAAAUUACAGCUGUAUUGUGGUCACCAGAAAUAGAGUAGCCAGCGUGCUUUUGGGAGGAAACUGGACCUCACUGACGUCCCCAUUCAGUAAACGCUGCACUGGGAGGGCUGAGAAGCUGUUCUCAGGCAGAUCUUUUAAACGCACACACACACAUACAGAGAGGGGUGAGGGGAGAGGGAAGGAGAGAGAAGGGGGGGACACAGAGCAUAUGGGCACACCCUGAAUAUAAAAGGUGAGGGGCAUGUGUGACUUUCAAAGCCUAGUCAAGUUGCGUGUAGUGACUUCCUGCCGCCUGUAAAUCUCAACACUCUGGAGGCUGAAGGAUCAUGGCAUUUGAGGUUAACCUGAGCUAUACAGUGAGUUCUAGGCCAGCUUGGGCUACAGAGUAAACUGCCUCAAAACCCACUAAAACCUAAAUAAGCAAGUAAAUAAUAAACAUCUAGUUAAUUUGGCAAUGACUAAGAUCCAUAAGGUUAAAAUACUUAUUAUGUGAAAGGCAAUAAAAAGAUGGGAGAAUUGAACCUUUAGAGCCACCAGCCCCUGGAGACCAGUAGGAGCAAUCAGGAGAGCAGACUGCUAGCGUUUGGUCAGCCUGCCCCUGAGAAUAAACAGGCAAAGGAAUACUUGAGAUUUUUUUCUUUUCUUUCUUAAAAUCUGGUGUUUGAGGCCGUGAAUUUAAAAUUAGGCCUUUGAGUUAAAUUAAAAAGAAUGCAAGUCAAUACUGGAAAAGGCAAAUCAUUCCAUGGGGCACAAAGUUAAUAGUUAACCAGAUAACGAGGCCAGAGCCUCAUUCCAUAUGUUAAACUGGCCCAAUUAGGUAGUGCUGAGCAUAUAACUAUCAGGCAUUCUUGCUGAAGUGCAAGAAGGGCUCUGUGCAGACCAGAGGUCAGCCACGGGUCUGCGGCCUCUCCUCUCGGGAACACCGUUAGGGAAAUCUGUACUAGCUCAAACUGGAGGGCUUCGGUCUGUUUGCCUUUUUUCUUUAACUACUCUUGGUUUAUCGUUGUAUUAUUUAUUUUACGGUUAAACUAUAAACCUAAGUUGCAUCACCGGAUUUCUGCCCCAAGAAACCUCCUCCCUCCAGACUUGAUGGCGUUUUGUCCUUGGGCAUCAGCGGCCACCCUGGGGCCACGAGACGCGGAGCACAGUACGAGCUGGACAGGGAAUGAAAGCUACUGGUUGACUUAGAAACCCCUGGGCUUCCCAAGUUUGAAGACGUCCCAGAGUAAGGCACCAUGUCAACGGCAGGAGUUGCUGCUGCUCAGGAUAUUCAAGUCCCAUUAAAAACUGGAUUUCUGCAUAAUGGCCAAGCCUUGGGGCCGAGGAGGAGCUGCUGGGGCGGCGGCGGCGGCGGCAGGGAGUUUGAGAAUAACUUUCUAAACAUUGAUCCAAUAACCAUGGCCUACAGUCUGAACUCCCCUGCUCAGGAGCACCUAACAGCUCUUGGCUGUGCUCCGCGGCCUGCUCCAGUGAGUGGCCACUUCUUUGCAGACUGUGGUCCGUCUCCAAAGUCAGGCUUGCCCCCUCUUAUUAUUCCCCCAAGUGGCAGCCUGGGACAGCGUGAAGAGGAUCAAGUUGUGUGUGGUUUUAAGAAACUCUCAGUGAAUGGGGGCUGCACACCCACACCUCCACUUACCCCUGUCAAGACCUGCCCUUCCCCGUUCCCCUGCGCAGCUGUGUGUGAUCGUAGCUCUCGGCCGCUCCCACCUUUGCCCAUCUCUGAAGACCUCUCUCUGGAUGAGGCCGACUGUGAGGUCGAAUUUCUAACCAGCUCAGACACAGACUUCCUUCUAGAAGACUGUGCACCUUCUGAUUUCAAGUAUGAUGUUCCUGGCAGGCGAAGCUUCCGUGGGUGCGGACAGAUAAACUAUGCAUAUUUUGACACCCCAACUGUUUCUGUAGCAGAUCUCAGCUGUGCAUCUGAGCAGAACAGAGUUGUUCCUGAUCCGAAUCCUCCCCCGCCUCAAAGCCAUCGCCGAUUAAGGAGGUCUCACUCAGGACCCGCUGGGUCAUUUAACAAGCCCGCCAUCCGGAUAUCUAGCUACACACACCGAGCUUCUCCCAGCUCAGAUGAAGAUAAGCCUGAGGUCCCUCCCAGGGUUCCCAUACCUCCUAGGCCGGUGAAGCCAGACUACAGAAGGUGGUCAGCAGAAGUGACCUCCAACACAUACAGUGAUGAAGACAGGCCUCCCAAAGUCCCCCCAAGAGAACCUUUGUCACGGAGUAACUCCCGUACCCCAAGUCCUAAAAGCCUUCCGUCUUACCUCAACGGGGUCAUGCCCCCGACCCAGAGCUUUGCCCCUGACCCCAAGUACGUCAGCAGCAAAGCCCUGCAGAGACAGAACAGCGAGGGCUCGGCCAGCAAGGCCCCCUGCAUCUUGCCCAUUAUUGAAAAUGGGAAGAAGGUGAGCUCAACGCAUUAUUACCUACUACCUGAGAGACCGCCCUACCUAGACAAAUACGAGAAGUAUUUUAGGGAAGCAGAAGAAACGCACCCGAGCACCCAAAUCCAGCCACUGCCUGCUGCCUGUGGUAUGGCCUCUGCCACAGAAAAGCUGGCCUCCAGGGUGAAAGCGGACGUGGGUAGUCAUGUGAAGCGCAAACAUUUAUCGUACGUGGUUUCUCCAUAACCAUGGGGGUCAUGGCUCAGCGGAAGCUACAUGGAGCGGAUGGCUUCCAGUUUUCCGAUUUGAGGUUCAUGGACCAGGCUGCAGAAUGCAGUCGGACUCCGUCUUAAUGAGAAAGGCUCAGAGCAGGCGUGAGGCGCUGUACGCUGGGAGUCCCUGGUGAUCAGCGUCGGAGAAAAAGUAUAAAGAUGUGGUCGAGUGCAGGGGAGGAUGGGAAGACUUGUACAUUUGACUACAUUAUAUACCUAUGUAUAAAUGUGCGGUGUAACCAUAGACCAUAGCUGCAGGAUAACCAAUUAGUCACUAUCUUAGAGUAAUAUAUAUUCAGAAUAAUUAAAACCAAGCUGGAGGAACAGCUCCUGAUAGUGUGAAAAUUGAGCAAAUGGAAGACAGCAGUAUUGUUAGAUCAAAUUAUAAAUUGUGUGUGUGUUAAGUUCAAAGAUUCCUGGCGUUAGAGCCCUGCUAUAUAGUUUGUGUGCCCGCCCCCUGCCCCCUACCCACCCCACCGCAGUUUUCUCCAUACGGGACAGGGCGUGCUCUACCCCAGGCCUUUGCCGUCUUGUUGAAAUCAUUCUCUGGCCUAACACAUCCAGCUCUGGGGGGUUUGUCUUAUUGAGGAGGACAGCAGUUGCCGGACCACGUUAUCACCCGUGUGCGUCUCGGAUCUUGAAAAUUGACAGAAUUGGUGAAUAACUUUUCCACACUAUUCCUGCUUUUCCCCAUCCACUGAGAUGGCCCGUUGUAGCCAGAAGCUUUCGAGAAAGUGCGACGGAGCCGUGCUGGCUGUGGCGUGGGUGCAGGUUUUAGAGGUGCGGCCGUUAGCUCUGAUUGAGAGUCACUGGGGAUGGAUGGUGUGGUUGUGUUUUGUUUGUGUUGUGAGAUAACUUAACAAGCACCGCACAAGCGGGCCUUGUGUUGCUGGUUCCUGGUCAGUAUUUCCGGGGAUCGUUUGCUUUGUGAGUGAGACACUUCUGACCAAUAGCACCGAACGUCUUAACGCCAGAGGUCACUUCAGCAUCGUCCUGCUUUGCAAACUCACAGCGGGCUGCUUCACUGCCGAGAUUCAGUGAGACACGUAGCUUUGUUCAGUUUUUUGUAUCCUCUGAUGCGUUUAUCUUCUACAGAUAAGCACAAAGAGAAGGUGCUUGCUAACAGGGGCUCUGCUGCGAUGUCCCAACAAGCUGUUCAGUUUCAACUGCUGAAUGACAUUAUUUGAGCUAUUUAAAGCUUACUGUAUUUUAGUAUGAACUAAAUGAAGGUUAAAACAUGCUUUAGAAAAAUGCACUGAUCUCUGCACUGUGUGUACAGUAUUGGACAAAGGAUUUAUUCAUUUUGUUGCAUUAUUUUGAAUAUUGUCUUUUCAUUUUAAUAAAGUUAUAUUACUUAUUUAUGACACCGUUAA